GGGUCAGGAGCUUCAGUGAACUGUUUUUCGUAAAAGAGCCUCAAGAUGUGACCCUGGCCAGAAAGCAGGCGGUGGUUUUGGACUGCCUGGCCCGAGGGGAGGUCCCCAUCACCAUCACCUGGCUUAGAAACGGAGUUACGGUUUCUGAGAACGAACAGAUCCACUCUCUGUCCAACGGCUCUUUAUUUAUACGGGAGCUGGAGAGCGGCAAGCCAGGCGAAAGGCCGGACGAAGGAGUCUACCAGUGCUUGGCCCUGAAUAAACACGGCGCUGUUCUCAGCCAGAAAGCGCAUCUCACCUUUGCAACCCUCUCUGCCUUUGAAGUCCAGCCCCUCCCCACGGAAGUCCAUGAAGGGGGCGUGGCUAGAUUUGCCUGCAAAAUUCCAGCCCACCCUCCAGCCAUCAUCACCUGGGAGGUGAAUGGGACAGCGCUGCUAAUGGAGACGGACAGGAUAACUGCGCUGCCCUCCGGAGUGCUACAGAUCUAUAGUGUUGAGCCAAAAGAUGCAGGGAGUUACUCUUGUGUUGCUACAACAGUUGUCGGCCGGCGGAGGAGUGGCGAGGCUAAACUCACCGUUGCUCCAGCUACCAAUACCAAGCUCUUCCAUAAGCCAUCCAUUAUAGCUGGCCCCCAAAAUAUGACAGCUUCUCUCCACCAAACAGUCAUCUUUGAGUGUGUGGCCAUCGGGAAUCCCAAACCAAUUGUGUCCUGGAGUCGCCUUGACCACAAGUCCAUCGAUGUUUUCAACACACGGGUGCUUGGAAAUGGGAACCUCAUGAUCUCGGACGUGAAGGUACAACAUUCUGGUGUGUACGUUUGCCGUGCUACGAUCCCUGGCACACGCAACUUCACCACUGCAAUGGCAGCACUGCUGGUGUUAGCCCCCCCUGCCUUUGUGGAGUGGCCGGAGAGCUUGACCAGGCCCCGAGCUGGCACUGCCCGUUUUGCCUGCCAGGCAGAAGGCAUUCCGACACCCAAGAUAUCCUGGCUGAAGAAUGGCCGGAAGGUCCAUUCCAACGGCAGAAUCAAAACCUACAGCAGUAAAUUGGUGAUCAACCAGAUCAUCCCUGAAGACGAUGCCAUCUACCAGUGUGUGGCUGAGAACAGCCAAGGGUCUGUCCUUGCCAGGGCACGCCUGACGGUGGUCCUCUCCGAAGACCGGCCCAGCGCUCCUUGCCACGUCCACGCAGAAACCAUGUCCAGCUCGGCCAUUCUCUUGGCCUGGGAGAGGCCGCUCUAUAAUUCAGACAAAGUCAUCGCCUACUCGGUGCACUACAUGAAGGCGGAAGGCUUAAACAAUGAAGAAUACCAAGUGGUGAUUGGAAAUGACACCACCCACUAUAUUAUUGAUGACUUGGACCCUGCCAGCAACUACACCUUCUACGUGGUGGCCUACAUGCCCCUGGGGGCCAGCCAGAUGUCUGACCACGUCACUCGGCCCACCCUGGAAGACGUGCCGCUGAGGGCUCCCGAGCUCAGCCUGACCAGCAGAACCCCCUCCGACGUCCUCAUCUCCUGGCUGCCCAUCCCGGCCAAGUACCGGCGAGGGGAGGUGGUGGCCUUCCGCCUUUCCUUCCGCCUCAGCACGGAGAGCAGCAUCCAGGGGCUGGAGCUCCCGGGGACCACCUACGAAUACCUGCUCCGGGGGCUGAAGCCCGACAGCAUCUACUUGGUUCGCAUUUCUGCUGCCACGAAAGUUGGUUGGGGCGAGGCCUCUCUGUGGACUUCCCAUCGCACCCCAAAAGCCACCAGUGUCCAAGCACCAAAGUCUCCCGAAUUGCGCCUGGAGCCUCUCAACUGCACAGCGAUCACCGUGAAGUGGCAGCAAGAGCUGGCAGACGCGGCCGCCGUCCAAGGCUACAAGCUGUACUAUAAGGAAGAAGGCCAGCAGGAGAGCGGGCCAAUUCUGCUCGGGGCCAGCGAUUCCACCUACACCAUCGGCGGCCUGGAGCCCAGAAGGAAGUACCACUUGAGGCUGCUGGCGUACAACAGCAUGGAGGAAGGCUACGAGGCAGACCAGACGGUCAGCACCGCCGGCUGCGUGUCUGUCCGGGACCGCCUGGUGCCCCCCCCUCCGCCCCCCCACCACCUUUAUGCCAAAGCCAACUCUUCUUCCUCCAUCUUCCUGCACUGGGGGCGGCCUGCCUUCACUUCGGCGCAGGUCAUCAACUACACCCUGCGCUGUCACCCCGUGGGGCUGCAGAAUGCGUCUCUGGUGCUCUACCUUCAAACGUUAGAGACUCACCUGAUGGUCCAAGGACUGGAGCCAAAUACCAGAUACGAAUUUGCCGUUCGGCUGCAUGUGGAUCAGCUCUCCAGCCCAUGGAGUCCAGUGGUUUACCACACCACCCUGCCAGAAGCCCCAGCGGGUCCACCCCUGGAAGUGAAGGCCACGCUGAUUGAGGAAGACACGGCCUUGGUCUCCUGGAAGCCACCAGCUGGCAUCAGAACCGUCGUCUCCCGUUACACCAUCUUGUAUGCCUCCAGACAAGCUUGGAUCGCAGGCGAGUGGCAUGUCCUGCAUCGGGAAGGAACGAUAACCAUGGCUUUACUAGAGAACCUCAGGGUGGGAAGUGUCUACCUCAUCAAACUCGCUGCAUCCAACGAAGUGGGCGAAGGGCCUUUUUCCAGCACGGUGGAACUUGCGGUCCGGCCAAAGGAGGCAAACCAAAGACCAAAACGCCUGGAUUCCGCGGAGGCCGACACAACUCGUUCUGGUUCUUACCAGUUGGACCCGAGGUCCAUGACGGGCAUAAUUGCAGGUGUCUCCAUUGCCCUGGUGUGCAUUUUGGUCUGCAUCCUCAUCCUGAUCCACCGUGGCAAAGCAAGGAAAGCCGCCCCUUCCAAAAGCAGCCAGCCCAGCCCUGACCCGCUCCCUGGCAGUGGCAGCCAGUCUUCUGCAAGGAGCCCCGGGGGAGCCAAGGCUCUUCAAAGCCUGGCAGAGAAUGAGCGAUCACUCUUGCCCAGGAUGACAGGGGGAGGCUUUCUGGAUGCCAAGGGUGGAACUGACCUCGUUAUAAACCGCUUUGGCCCAGUCAUGAAGAAGAGAGCCCAGAAGAAACGGCUCUUCCUCCGUGGCUCUUGGAAGGAGAAAGCAGAGGAGGCCCCGAGGCAGCUGGCCUCAGCAGCCUUCCUGUACCGGCCAGGGACAGCCGUGCUCACUGGCGAAGAGCUGCAGCCAUGUGCCCGAGUGAUCUGCAGCCUGGGAACUGACGCCGAGCAUUCAGCCAACAGCCAAGGCAGCCACGAGACGGGGGAUUCGGGAAGGUUCUCCCACGAGUCCAACGAGGAGCUGCACCCCCCUCCCGGCUUUGGGGCUGCAGAUUCCUUCCCAGGCAGCUGUCCUGUCCCUGGGCCUCUCCAGCCGCCACUGGCUGCCAAUGGCAGCGGGGGGACAUUUUUCAGGGAACAAUGAACUGGGAGGCCAAGCUUUCAAUGGGCUGCCCAAGGACCGGCAGGCGACCCGUGUUUCCACUGCCUCUUUGUGUUUCCCUUCCCGAGUG